AUGCCUCGCCAAGGAGACGGUUCAAGCGACAACGGCCCUUUUGAGGAAGCCACUCACAACGUUGCCCACGGCGUCACUUCCGAAGAUAAAUCAAAGGACAAGACUGCGCCCCUGCCAGAGGGCCUGCAUGAAAAGGGCGCCGGGCUGCAAGACGUAAACGCCAGCGGGGGACAGAGCCAGGGCAUCAAGCAGGGCCCCAACGUUGGCCAGGGCGGACGAGGAAGCUCCAAUUGA